AUGGAUUCUUAUCAUAGUCGUCAUACUAUUUCCCUUACUUUGCGUAAGGAAUUGGAAGCAGAAUGGACGGAUAAUGGUCAAGCGUUGCUCCAGCCUCAUCUUCUCAAAGCAUCCUGGGCCUUGUUGCUUGGCAGGCAUUUGGAAACACAAACGACAACAUUUGCAGUGCUGGAACAACUGGUAGCUCCUCUGACAGAUGCGUGUUCAAAGUUGGUGGUGUCACCUGCGCAUUUAGAAACCUGGGAAAUAUCAGACAAUCCGGAUAGUCUCUUGGUGGAUGCAGCGAAGGAAACACAAAGAGAGCCUCUUUCGGGAACACAGGCCUCAACGGCUGUGGUUAUCAGGUGGCAUAAUGAACCGAAAGGUCCGACGUCUUUGCCCUGUGCAUUCGAUACGAUGAUUGUUUUGGAUUGCAGUAUAUCACCAGUCCAGGUAUCCAUGAAAUACUCAAGGACAUCUCUCACGCUAAAUCAAGCCUGGUCACAAUUAACGGCUCUGGUUCACAUUCUGGAGCAGAUAGUUAUACGUCCCGGGCUAUCACUCCAAGAGGCGGAUUUCCUGGGCUCAUAUAGCUCCAAAUUGAUCCGGCAAUGGAACAACCCGUACUCACUCGCACGACCACAAGUGUGCAUUCAUACAUUGAUCCUAGAGCAUUGCCGGAGCCAACCAAAUGCCGAGGCGCUGUGCGCUUGGGAUGGUUCCAUCACUUAUGCGGAACUUGAUCAGUUUUCACUGGCAGUCGCAUUGCAGCUGCUGUUACUUGGUAUUGGCCCAGAGUCAGUGGUUCCGCUCUACUUCGAAAAAUCGCGCUGGACGGUGGUCGCCAUGCUAGGAGUCCUGAGAGCGGGAGGUGCUUUCGUUCUCCUCGAUCACUCUCACCCUAUGACUCGUCUGGCCGAGAUUUGUUCGGAGGUGCAGGCAACGGUUGCCAUCGCAUCGGAGUCAUUGCAGGAACUGGGUCAGCAGCUGGGUCCUGGAGUUAUCACAGUCCUCGACACAAUCAAGACCCAAGUCGAUAAAGGCAGAGGCAUCUUGAACACAUCUGUCAAGCCUUCAAACGCCGCAUACGUUGCUUUUACUUCCGGGUCAACCGGAAAGCCCAAAGGGAUCGUGGUUGAACAUCAGUGCUUUGUUGCAAACACGCUCUCUCAAAAUGCAGUCCAGAAUAUUAAUAGCGAGACGCGGGCAUUUCAGUUUGCCUCAUAUGGAUUUGAUAGCAGCAUUCUUGAGACAUUGAUGCCUUUGGUGGCAGGCGGUUGCGUCUGUAUACCCUCGGAAAAGCAGCGGCUCAACGGCCUCGCAGAUGCUAUCCGGGGGCUGCGAGCCAACUGGCUCGAACUAACUCCAUCUGUCGCACGAUUUAUCAACCCCGAAGAGGUGCCGGACGUGAAAUCUGUCUUGCUUGUGGGUGAGUCCAUGUCUCAAGACCACAUCACGCAAUGGUCGGGGUCGGGGAAGAUCCAACUCCUCAACGCAUACGGCCCGGCCGAGUGCAGUGUGGUGUCCACUGUACAGCCGCAUGUGCAACUACAAGACUCCAAUAAUAUCGGUCGUUCAUACAGCAGCCACUGUUGGAUCGUCAACCCUCAUGAUCAUGAUCAGCUUGAGCCCCUGGGUGCGGUGGGAGAGUUACUCAUCAGCGGACCAAUCGUGGCCCGAGGCUAUCUCAACCUGCCCCACCAGAAGUCUUUCAUCUCUAACCCUUGUUGGGCCAAGCGAUUCGGCAUUCCACCUCGUGAACGCGUUUACAAAACUGGAGAUCUUGUGCGAUACAACCUGGAGGAUGGCACGUUGCGAUAUGUCGGGCGCAAAGACCGGGAGGUGAAAAUCCACGGGCAACGCAUUGACCUGCAGGAAAUUGAGCAUCAUGCCUCCAAGUUUCAGAAAGGAAUACUUGCGGUGGCCGAUGUUAUUCAAGCCAACAGUAGUAGUGCAGGGAAACUCCUUGCGUUAUUCAUUGUUGCAGAUAAUGAUGAGAGUCAUAUGACGAAGGAAAGCUUCGUUGUCCCCAUGAAUGACACACUCCUCGAUUUGGUGACUGAUAUCAAACACUGGCUUCGUGAUUGUCUACCGCCAUAUAUGAUCCCAACCAAAUAUACUUUUGUCAAUCGGUUUCCUCUAACGAGAACUGGCAAACUUGAUCGACGAGCCUUGGUCGAUCUUGGAACAACAUCGAGUCACACGCCAUCUGGAGAGUACCCAUCAAAUCAGCGUGAUAAAGAAGAUGUCGACCUGGACCCAGAGGUUUUCGCCAAGGAGAUUACCCUGUGCUCAGUCUUUGCUCAGGUAUUGGGUUGCCUGGAAGCGAGCAUCGGCGCAGAAGAUGGUUUCUACGACAUGGGAGGGAAUUCAUUAGCUGCUAUCGAGCUGGUAGCCCGCGCACGCAAGCGUGGCCUGGAGAUCACGGUGGCAGAUAUUAUCCGUCUUCAGAAUCCACGACAGAUUGCGCGAUGCACUGUGGAGAGCAAAGAAUCUCACGAGAUCCCGCCAUUCUCUCUUCUUGAGAAUAUCGAACAGAGUUUAUCUACCGCGACCGGCCAAUGUGGUAUUGAAAGAGAAAUGAUUGAAGACAUUUACCCCUGCACCCCUCUACAGGAAGGCCUCAUGCAUCUGUCCAUUGGGAAUCCAGGAGCUUUCAUAGGAACAUACCAAUUCUCAUUACCUCCUUCCACCAACCUUCAUCGGAUUUGGGCUGCAUGGGAACAGCUUUGGCUCGUACAUCCCAUCCUCCGAACACGCAUCAUCCAACUUCAGGAUGGUCAAAAGCUGCAAGUAGUUACCAAGCACAACCCAUCAUGCAAGGAUAUUUCAACCAUGGAUGAUUGUCAGCCCAUGAACUUGGGAACUCCCCUUGCACGUGUGACAUUCUAUCCUGGACGAACUUCGAGGGGGUCGGACUCUGGCCUAUUCCUCCUUACUAUGCAUCACGCUCUUUUUGAUGGAUGGUCAUAUAUGCAGCUGCUCGAGGAUCUCCAGGUGAUUUACAAUGGGGACAUCCUGCCACCACGCCCUGCCUUCAAUCAUGUCAUUGACUACAUCUCCGAGUUGAGCAUUGAGGAAAGUCGCUCUUUUUGGAGUAAAGAGUUCAAUGACCUCGAAGCAAAAGUGUUCCCUGUCUGUCCCCGGCGGGCAUCCGUCGAGCCACAUUGGCAAAUCAGAAGCCAGCAAAUCACUCUGGGCAAGUCAGAUACGAACUGGACUCUCGCCAAUAAAAUCAAAUUGGCGUGGUCUCUUGUUAUCUCUUCCCAAACUCUCUCACAUGAUGUGGUUUACGGAUUGACAGUCUCGGGCCGGAAUGCCCCAGUUCCAGAGAUCGAUCGUAUUGCUGGGCCAACUUUUGCAACAUUCCCCUUCCGCACGCAGCUUGAUGACGAUAUAUCGGUGGAAGAUAUGCUGAUUCAAAUGCGACAGCACGAUGUCUCUAUCAUGCCAUUUGAGCAUAUUGGUCUCAGGCGUAUCGCGGAGUCAAGCCCAGACGCGGCCUUGGCUUGUGGAUUCCAGAAUCUUCUCACCAUCAGGUUGCAAUCCCUUCAAAUUCCUCCUGGUGCCUUGAUUGCGUUACCCGAGAAUGAAGACUAUGACCUGAAGUUUGCGUCAUAUCCCCUGUCAAUCGUGGCCCAACAGGAAGGUGAAUCGCUAGAGGUCAAGGCCGUCUUUAACAACUACAUUAUGGGCCCUGAUAAGGCUGAGGCGCUCUUAGAGCAGUUUGAUACUUUGUUGCAACGAAUUCUCCAGGGGCCCAGAGCAACAAUGAGGGACCUAAGAAGCCACCUUUCUCCCGAGUGGCAGCAAUUGGCGGCGAUAAACAAAAAGAGUCUACCACACAUGCAUUGCCUGCACGAUGUCAUCCAGGGCUUCGCUGUCACUCAACCGAACUCAGAGGCUGUCUGCGCGUGGGAUGGCUCUCUCACGUAUAGAGAACUUGUCGCGUCCGCGCGGAGAUUGGCAGAUCAUCUCCGGUCUUUCGGAUCAGGGUCGGGACCCGGUGCGGUCAUCGGGAUCUGUGUGGAACGAUCGAAAUGGUUCCCCGUCGCCAUCCUGGGUGUCUUGAUGUCUGGAGCUGCCAUGGUUUUGUUAGAACCUAAAUUCCCCACACAGCGUUUACAGCAUAUCUUGCGAGACGCCGGUGCGCGAACGAUGAUAUGCUCUCUGAUAUUCCAAGAGAAGUGCACGGGGUUAGUCGAUGACACGUUGGCUCUGACCGCCGAUAUCAUGACCCAAGCGGACUACGAUGCUUGGACUCCAUCAGCGGUGUCUCAUCAAGAUCCAAUGUAUGUUGCCUUUACGUCUGGAUCAACCGGUGCCCCAAAGGGUGUUGUGAUCGAACACGGCAUGGUAUAUUCGAUGCUCGAGGCACAUAAGGACAUCAUCGGCGCAUCAACUGCGUCCCGUGGCUUACUAUUCGCCUCGCCCGCUUUUGAUAUCUGCCUUGCUGAGAUUGUACUUCUGCUGGGUGUGGGAGGAUGUGUCUGUGUGCCCUCCGAAGCUCAACGUAUGAACAGCCUGGCGAAAGCAAUGACAACCAUGCAGGUCAAUAUGGCCAUGCUGACCCCUUCGGUGGCACGAACCCUUUCGCCAGCCGCAGUCCCUUGUCUCCGAACCCUGAUUCUUGGAGGAGAGCCCCCAUCAGCCUCUGAUCUGGCGACAUGGGCUUCACGGGUCCAGCUGCAUCAAUCGUAUGGACCUGCUGAGUGCGCUAUGUACACGACUACCACACCGCCAUUGGCUCCCAGUUCAAAUUUAGGCAACGUCGGGUCUUCCUCAAACGCGUCCUGUUGGAUUGUUGACCCAGACAACCAUGAUGACCUUCAGCCUCUGGGCUCGGUGGGAGAACUACUGAUCGGUGGGCCCAUUGUUGGAAGAGGGUACAUCAACCGAGUCCAGGAGUCUGCAGCGGCCUUCAUUCGUGAUCCUGUCUGGAGCAAGAAAUUCCCCUUCUUGCGAGGAGACCGACUUUACAAGACUGGAGAUCUUGCUGUCUUGAACGCGGACGGGUCUUUAAAUUUGGUCGGCCGAAAGGACACACAGGUCAAGCUCAACGGGCAGCGUAUUGAGCUGCAUGAGAUUGAACAUUGUGCUGAGAGAUACCAACAUAGUACCGCGGUCAUUGCGGAAUUGAUACAGCCCGCCGGCAUCCAGAGACCUAGACUUAUCAUGUUCGUUUAUGAUCCUGCAACGGUUGAAACGAUGGUGGGCAUCAACCCUGCUUGCCAUGACUACCGGGAACUGUUUCUCUCGCCGUCAACACAAAAUCAAGCUUACCUUGAGGGCAUAAAACAUCAUCUCAAUCAACACCUUCCACCGUAUAUGAUACCUUCCUUCUUCCUUCCACUAUCCCGUCUACCACUUAGCCCAAGUGGCAAGGCUGACCGCAAGACACUACGCCAGAUUGCAUGCAAGAUGGAAAGAGAGACAUUGGAGAUGUACCUGAACAAUCCAAUUGUAGAAAAAAGGGAUCCAACCACAGAGCAAGAACGAUUCGUCCGUGCAAGCUUUGCCACAGCCCUGUCAUUAAAUGAGGAGGCCAUUGGGAUGGACGAUAACUUCUUCGCUUUAGGAGGCGAUUCCAUCACUGCCAUGCGGGUUCUCACUUUGUGUCGAAGAAGAAACAUGGCCAUCUCGAUGCAGGAUUUCCUCUCAAAGAACACUGUAUCCUUGUUUUGCACACAUGCUGUUGUGAUUCAGGGCCAGACCGUUGGUUCCAAACGCCAGAAACUCCUUAAUUCACAAGACUCGGCUCGACGUGAAGAUCAACUUGUCCAGUUUGAGCACAUCGAUUACCAGCUAGACAUGAUUCGAUCUCGGUUGAAUUUGUUGAAAUCGGAUUCCAUCGAGGAAAUCUACCCCUGCUCUGCUGCCCACAGUGGUUUGUUAGAGCUCUACACAUCCAAUUACACGAGCACAGCAAUUUUCGAAAUCUCUCCUACGGGAUCAGUUACUGCUAUGCAGGUUAGUAAUGCUUGGAGUCAACUAGUGCACCGUCAUAUCGCCUUGCGGACGGUCAUCAUGAAAGAGCCAAAGGUUCACGCAGAUUAUCUCCAUGUGGUACUAGAUAAGGGCCCAGCUCAAAUUGUUGCUCUUCCUCGCAGCAAGAAUGCCCUUUCGGAACUGAAAAGCCUCGAACCAGUGAAAUCCUGGGGCUUGUCCCCACCACACCGGUUAAUCAUAGGUCAGAACGAUUCUGGGGCGGUCUUCAUGAGGCUGGAAAUGGGCUGUGCCUUGAUUGAUGCUUUUUCCAUGACCAUCCUACUAGAAGAGCUUUCUCUUGUCCUCCAGGGUCAGCACUUGCCACAGAAAGGGAUCUCGUAUUGUCAAUACCUGUCCCAUCUGCGCAGCCAGUCACCUGCAGAAACACUGCAAUACUGGUCACAGGCGCUUUAUGGAAUUUACCCUUCUCACCUGCCCAGAGUACCUUCCAAGCAGGACUCACUGCCUGAAGCUCGCUCGCAGAGCCGGAUCCUCCCAUUUGUGCAAUCAAAGCGUCUAGAUUCCUUCUGGCGCUCCAAUAAUCUCACCAUCACCAACGUUUUCCAACUUGCAUGGGCCUUAACCCUCACCCACUAUACCAACUCCCGCGAUGUGUGCUUCGGAACCAUCACCUCUGGGCGUGAUAUACCCCACCUUGAAGUAUGGAACAUCGUUGGAUCGUUCUUCAACGUUCUUCCGUGUCGAAUUGCGAUUGAUCCCACGCGGACGGUGCUAGAUACACUACGACAGAACCAGGAGGAUAUUCAGGGUCGCAACGACAACCAAAACUGUUCAAUACCAGAUAUGAUCCGCAAAUCUGGAAUAAGGACCUGGGACAAAGAUCAGCAGUUGUUUAAUACGGUUCUGACGGUGCAAAACCCAUUCUCAACACAAGCAUCCCCUGCGAAGGACGGGAGCAACGAGAUCGAUAUUAAACUCAUCGAUUUGGACGAUGCAACAGAGUACGACCUUUGUGUGGCUAUCCUUCCCUCCCCUUCCCACUUCAAGGUGGAACUGCGCUACUGGUCAACGACAGCAUCCGAGGAAUAUGCCUCGGAUAUCAUGGAUCGCCUUUUCGAUCAGCUGGAACAAAUUGUGCAUCAUGCGACCAAGCCAUUGAGCGUCAUCACCAGCAUUGGAUGA